UAAAAAUGUUUUCAAACUAAAAUCCGUCUGUUAUAAAAUGGAUUUAAAAUUAAAAUUUAAAUCUCUGAUCGGUAAACAGGACAGUGUUCAAUCUCCAACAACUGAUUUUAGUUCAGAACAAUUUAAAAAGGAACCAGCUGUUGCCAAGUUCAAGUUUUACCAGCCCUCGAAUCCUCUUGAAGAUCAGGAAACAAUAGAUGGUAUUGAAGAAGAAUAUUACAAAGAUGAAACGUUUGAUACAAGUCACUUUGAGUUGGAGAAAUUAAAUGAUAUCUGUGAGCGUGACCAAAUUAACACCGAUAGAAUACGUCUUAGGAAGCAGUUAGAAGCGGUUUCCAAGAAGAUCUCGGAGCUGAUUUUACAGAAUCACCCAGCAUAUGCUGCAGAGUUACAGGAAGUGAUGGAUCUGCAGAAAAAACUCCAACUAGCUGGAGUCAUCUGCAGAAAAGGCAGAAAACAGUUGUCGUGGGCGAGAGAAAGUUUUACCACAGCAAGUCUUGGCCUGCUGGCUAACUAUCGGAAGAGACAGCAGCUUGUGGGUCUGCUCAAGUCACUCCGCACCAUCAAAACACUGCAACGGACAGACCUCAGGUUGCGAGAAAUGAUGGAGGAGGAAGAUUAUUGUGGGGCCAUUCAGCUGUGUCUAGAAUGUCAGAAGGCAGCUAGUACUUUUAGACAUUACAAAUGCAUCAGUGAAUUGAGUUCUAAACUUCAAGACACUCUAGAAAUGAUAGAAGAGCAGCUCGAUGUAGCACUAUCAAAAACCUGUGUCAGCUUUGAUGUGCCUCACUAUGAAAAGGUCCAAACUGCGUACAGGCUGCUUGGGAAAACACAGACUGCGAUGGACCAGCUUCACAUGCAUUUCGCCAGUGCUAUUCACAACACAGCUAACACCAUAGUCCUGGGCUAUGUAGAGCUCUACUCUGGAACAAGCAGAACCAACUUCCAGAAGAGACAGUAUGCAGACUUGUGCAAGCAUAUUACUAUUGAAAGCUUCACUCCGUGCUUGAUUGACCUGUGUAAGGCUCUGUGGGGUGUGAUGAAGAGUUACUACCAGACCAUGCAGUGGCAUGAAACUCACGACCAAGACAUCGUCUCUGAAGCGGGUGAACCAGGAAGCCAGGUUGAAUUUACCUUUAAUAGACGCUAUGUUAUGAAAAAAUUAGAGUAUGGUCGACUGAGAAUUUGGCAGGAUGUGCAGCAGAAAGUUAAAACCUUUGUUCUUGGGACAGACAUAUCUGGGUUCAAGUUGGAGGAGUUUAUCAGUGUUCUCGAUCUCAUUAACAGAAUGAUAGAAAUAGGAGAAGAAUUUUGCAGAAGCAAAUCUGAAGGUCUUCAAGAUUCACUGAAGCAACAGAGUUUAAACUACUUUCGAAACCAUCACAGAGCUCGUCUGGAUGAGUUGCGGAUGUUUCUGGAAAACGAAGGAUGGGAACUUUGUCCUGUGAAGUCAAACUUCUCAAUUUUACAACUUCUAGAAUUUCGCUUCAUGCGAAACUGGCAAAACAAAAUACCAGCUAUACAGUCUCCAGAAUCUGAUGGAUUGAUACUCAGCAUAGAUGUUCCCAAUAAUCCAAACAACUCGGGCUAUUUCACACGCUUUCUCAUCAAUGGUAAUCCAUUUGACACGCAGCAAGAUGAGGAGGAGAAAGAGGAUGUAUUCUCUGGUGCUGGGGACAAUGAUCACGAUGGCUAUGGUGAUUCUGACAGCGACUCUGAUGUACCCGAUGAGCUCAAACAGGAUUACAUCGAUGAGCUGACUGGUGAAACUCGCUCUCACAGGUAUACGCGGCAGAGGUCAAAAGGUAAAGGACAGAAGCAUGCUCCAUUUAUCACAAAUACAACGCUGAAUGUACUGAGGGUUGUAGGAAAGUACUUGCAGAUGAUGACUGUGCUCAAACCAGUUGCCUUUGAUGUGAUCAACUACAUGUCCCAGCUUUUCGAUUAUAUCCUAUACACAGUACAUGCAUUUUUUGGAACAGAUACUAGUGUGUCAAGUGACAAGUCUGUCAACAACCGGCUUAGUGCAACACUCCAACGUAUCCGUGACAACAUGAUUGCUUCAUCUCCUGAAAGUGGAAGCAUGGUUACCGAGAUGACAGAACACAGAGACAGAGUGCCACCAGCAACGAUGUCACCUAUUGUAGAUCUGCAUUCACCCAAUCGGCUGUUUGGCUUGGCAGAGCGGGUCGUGGCAACUGAAUCAUUGGUGUAUCUAGCAGAGCAACUUGAAUUUCUUCAACCAUUUUUAGAGAGUAUGAUUCCACCAACCAAAAAAGCAUUUCUUCAGCAGUUUUACUCUCAGACUGUCAACAUGGCUGUGGAAUUGAGGAAGCCCAUCUACAAGGCGGUUGCAGCUCAGGCGAUUGACUACAGCUUCAUCCUGCACCAGAUGAGUAACGUCCGGUGGGAUGUGAAGGAGAUCAUGUCUCAGCACAAUCCCUACAUCGACACCUUGUUGAAUUAUAUGGUUGAUUUUAAAAACAAGUUGGCGGAGGUGGACAAGCACGUGCCAUUACCUAAAGCGGUUCUCAGUCUGUUGUGGGAGCACUGUGUGAGGCUGGCCAACAAGACAUUUGUAGAUGGGUAUUCCAAUGCAAGGAAAUGCAGCAAUGAAGGCAGAGCUUUGAUGCAGCUGGACUUUCAGCAGUUUAUUACAAGGCUUGACCGUAUGAUUGACUUAAAACCCAUCCCGGAUAGAGACUUUGUUGAGAUGUACAUCAAGGCCUACUAUCUGCCAGAAAGCCAGCUGGAGUCCUGGAUUCAGGACCACAAGGAAUACUCCAGCAAACAGCUCUUGGCACUGAUUGGUUCUGUCGAUCAUAUCAACAAGAAAGCCAGACAACGAUUGAUCAAUAUUAUUGAAGAUAUAGACAAGAUCCGGAGAUAGCGAAUCAAAUGAAUAAACAUGAGCUGUGAUUAUCCGAUAUUCAGAGGACCACUUUGAAAUUAAAUAUAAACUUGAUUGUAAAAGUUAAUACUGCAGAAUAUUCUAAGAAUAUAGCAGUGGAUACAUUUGAAUAGGUAUAAUAAGCCACCAAAGGGGUAAUAAGCCAUCACACAGACACAUCUCUUUUAGGGAGCAUUUUCAAUAUGAUUUCCCUUUUAUUAAAAUAUAUGUACAUGUAUACUGAUUUUUGAUAGAUAGCAGAUACAAAUUGUGAGGAUGAAUUUUAAAAAACACCAAUUAUAUCAAAAAAAAUUUACAUUAAUGUUUUCAGUUUUGAUUUUGUUAUAGUUUUGUUAAAUCUUAAUUUAUUUUAAUAUUAAUUUUAUGUCAAUGUCAAUGACAUUGGAAACCUCCAUACGAGUUAGUCACAUUCCACUACCACCAAAAGUUAAGAAAUGUCAAUCAUAGCCGAGUUAAUGAAAGUCUGAGUGCUAUUGAAUGACUAGGGAGGGGGGUAUUUUUUCAAUCAGUCGCAUAUAAAAUGUAAUAAUUUGUAAUAAUAUGUAUUUAUGUAACAAAAUUCCUUUAACCUUCCACCGAUUAUAUAUUAUAUCUCAAGUGUUUCCUACCCCACCACAUGUGAUGAUUUUUGGAAUAGUCCUUUGAGUGGUAGUCAAAUCUUGAAAAACUACCACAAAUAUGGCACCUUUGUCAAUAUAGCUGACCUAAACACUGCCAUGGGUUUUACUAGAACUCGUAUGUAUCAUGUCUGUGUGUGUGUGUGUUUAUAUAUAUAAUAUGUAUAUGUAUAGGUAUAUAUAUAUAUAUAUAUGUGUGCAUAUAUACCGCAGAUAUAUACAUAUACAUACAGUCAGAGUUUGAUAACUCAAAUUGCGAUCACUCGGAGAAACUUUGAUCUUCAAACUGAUCCACUGGGUCCCAGCCAGUUUUCUAUACAAACUAUUAAUACUAGACUUUAAAUCUCAAACCUUGAAAACAGUAAAAGCUUGACCUCUCAAAGUAAAUUAUUGUCCAAGAAUAUAAAUUUAAUAGUUAUUCAGCUUCCAAAACUCGAAAUGUGCAAGUGAUCAAACUGUUGUUGAUGACAAAAGAAUGAUUUUUUAAAAUUGAAAACAUAUUUUAUUGCAUAAACAAAUCAUGUCUAUCUCAGCAAGUGUUAGGAGUUGAUAUUUUUGUGGUAUGUGAAACGAAGUGUGCCCGUCUGUUGGGUUGUUUGUGUUUAUCUGACUACCUUCAAAGAUGCUGCCUGUUAUCUGAAUGUUCCCAAUUCCUUGUAAUUUUAAUAACUCUGUUGGGAAAGAUGAUAUUAGAUGUUACAAUUUUUUGUGAUAUAAAAUAGCUUUGUUAUUCUAAAUAUUUCUGUUGUGCAAACUUGUUUUAUUUUGUUAAUUACCAUGUCUAUUAGUUCUGUUAAUUACUAUGACUUUUUAUUUUAUUUUAUUUAUUGGGUUUUACAAUAUAUUAGUACACAAAAGGAACAUGCGUUUAGACAAAUUGAAAUGAAGUUGUCCACUGUACUUGCAGUUUCAAUUUUGAGUAUCUCAUAUGAAUUUCUCCCAGAAACUCGAAUUCUCUAUCCCCUGCAAUUUCAAGUUUCUGAAGUUUGACUGUGUAUGUAUAUGUGUCUAUUGAAAUUGCUAUUAUACAGUAACUUAAUAUAUUGUAAAUCAAUUUUUAAAAUAAAAAAAUUUGGUGAACAUUUAA